AUGAUGAUGGUGCUGUCCAGCCUGGCGCUGACCCUGCUCUGCCUGCUGCGGGCAGGGGCCGAGGUCCCCGUGCAGCCGGGCUUCAACACCGAGAAGUUUGCAGGGACAUGGCAUGUCACAGCUGCUGCUUCCAACUGCUCCAUGUUCCUGAAGAUGAAGGAUGGGAUGAAGUCAUCCAUCACCACCAUCAGCUUCACGCCAGAGGGGGACCUGGCUAUGAAGCUUGUCUGGCCCCUGCUGGACAGAUGCCAAAAGUUUGAGCUGCUCUUCCAGCGAAGCGGGCAGGCAGGGCACUACAUGGCAGCACAAGAGGAGAGGGACCUCCGUGUGAUGGAGACGGACUACAGCUGCUACGCCAUCGUGCACGAGCUCAAGCAGGGCGGGCAGGAUCCCCACACUGCACUGCAGCUCCUCACAAGGGACCAGGGUGUGAGCCCCCAGCUCCUGCAGAGGUUCAAAGAGCUCAUCCUCACCGCGGGCCUGACCAAGGACAUGAUGGCCAUCCUGCCCAAGUCGGGUGAGUGUCACGAGGAUCAGUGCUCCAAGGCCAUCAGGUGA